AUGGGGAAACUAUCUCGUGGAACACUCCCCUGGCAAGAGGAGAUUUCUUCCGGGAAUGCGUGGGGAAUGUCCUUGGAUGUACCGGAGACCUGGUGGAAGGGCUUUGCGGCUGUCGAGCGUAUUAUCAUAACCGGAGGCAAUGAAGAAGUUUUCAGCGAUCAUAUACAACACUUGGGUGAAAUGCUGAAAAGGACAAGUGAGAGAGGUGUGACAGUUCAUAUGGCCAAUGAGACCCACGAUGGGCCAUUGAUGGGCUUUGCGGCUGGGAGGCGUCCAAGUGAAACUACGGAGGCUAUCACAGAUUUCAUCAUAUCAUGUUUUGAAGAAUGA